UGCAUAAAAUAAAAAAGAAAUCUGAGUCAAUUCCUGCAACUUGUUUCUAGCUUUCAGAUGAUGAAACAUCACGCCACAACCAAACCAAAUCAAAACAUAACAUCUUUGUAAACUCCGAUGAAGAACACCAAAAACCACAACAUGACUUAUUCCCUUUCCACUCCGAGAUCGCCUCCAAUGGAUCCCAGAAUUUGGAGCAAAUUGCCACCUGAGAUCCUCGAGUACAUACUCUCUUUUCUUCCUCUUAAAACCUUCUUGAAUCUGAGAUCCACUUGCAAGGGUUUUUGGCCUCUCAUAUUCUCUCCUUCCUUCAUUUCCAAACACUCUUCUUCUUCUUCUUCAUCUUUCUCUUCCUUUCUUUUACUCUCACACCCACAAUUUCACCGCCAUUACCCUCUAUAUGAUUGCACCCUUGCCACCUGGCGCAACAUCUCUCUCUCAUUCUCUGAUUCACGUCACUCUUCACCACCCUUCAACACCCUUGUCUCCUCUGGUGGCCUCUUUUGCUUAUCUGAUUCCACAUCAUGUUCCUUGCUCGUGUGCAACCUUUUAGCCAAGUCCUCUAGAAAGAUUGAAUACCCAGGUCACUUUCUUCAUCUCGAGCAUCUUACUUUUGUUACUACCCCAUCUGGGUAUACCAUAUUCGUUCUCUGUUCUGAGUCAGCUUCAAACAAUGCCUUCGUUUAUGAUUCAAAUGUGCUUUCUUGGCGAAGAUUUGAAGGUUUUGGUCCAAUUCUCGGCGACAACCAUCACCAACAAGGCGUUUUCUUCAAUGGGGGUUUGUAUUUUGCGACCCCAGAACCGUUUUCGGUUGUGUUCUUUGAUUUGGAGAGUGGAAGAUGGGAGAGACCAAUUGGUGAGUUACCGAGUCAACUCACUUUUGUUCGAUUGGUGAGUGAUGGAGAGGGUAAAUUGUAUUUGGUUGGUGGGAUUGGGAACAAUGGAAUCUCGAGGAGCAUCAAGUUGUGGGAAUUAGGUGAAGAUGGGAAUUGGGUUGAAGUGCAGAGUUUGCCUGAUCUUAUGUGUAGAAAAUUUGUGUCCGUGUGUUACCAUAACUAUGAGCAUGUUUAUUGCUUUUGGCAUGAAGGGAUGAUCUGUAUUUGCUGCUAUACGUGGCCAGAGAUCUUGUAUUACUUGGUUUCUAGGAGGACAUGGCAUUGGCUUCCCAGGUGCCCUUCUUUGCCUUUGAAAUGUAGCUGUGGUUUUAAGUGGUUUUCUUAUGUUCCACAGCUAUAUGCUUCAGUUUGAUCGAGUUUCUCUUUAUUAUGUUUCUCCUAUUUCGGUUGUUGUAUGUAAGU